AUGCCUUGGCGAACUCGUCGCAAAGAGAUCGCGGACGUCGCACUGGAUACUGCGGCACCCGUUCUUGAGUUCACGGAAAGUGCUCUCGAGCUUGUACCGAUUCCAGGUUUGGCUCUAAUAGCCAAAGGGUUGGGAAUUAUUGUCGAUAGAGUCCAGGAUGCGAGAAUGAACAACGACGCGCGGAACGCUUUCAUCAGCAAGGCCAAAGCGUUAGAUGUUACUCUCAUGGAAUUGGUGAAGAAGACAAGCACCGCAGUCGACAGCUCUGGCGGGGACGAACGGAUCAAGAAGAGACUAGUCGAUGGCGUCGCGCAAUCUGAAGAGCUUCAGCUGCGACUGCAGACCUUGUCGAGUACCAUUGUCGAACUUCGUGAGCGUACGAAGGAGCUCAAAGGUGGAGAUGGGGCUAUAGGCUUCCUGAAGGGCUUUCUGUUCGCAUCGCGGAACGAAGCUAUCCUCUCGGAUAUGAAGGACGAAAUGGCGAAUGCUGUUGAAAUGUUCAAGCUCCGUGGCCAAAUUUCCAUCGAAAAUGUGCUCAGCGAUAUUGUUAUCGACUCCAUCUCUUGGGCACCUGCAGGGUACCGAUCUGUAGACGAGCUCAAAAGCGAAUUCAUGGAGGGAACUAGGGAAGAGCUCUUCGACGAACUGGACGCGUGGUCCAACGGCCGAUUCCCUCAAGACGACCCAAGGCGGUUCUAUGCUCUCACUGGAGGUGCCGGUCUGGGGAAGUCUUCCAUUGCCCAUCAGUUCUGCACACGUCUCGACAAGCCAGGACAGCCUACCUUAGGCGCAUCGUUCUUCUUUGUGAGGGGCAGCGGAGAUCUCGAGUCGACUCGGCUAUUCUUCUCCACUCUUGCGCACCAACUUGCGCUAUCCCAGCCUACACUCCGACCUCACAUUGUCGACGCCGCGCGAGAGUAUCACAAGCAUGGAGACCGCCAGCAAAUGCAACACGCAUUCGAGGAGUUGCUCCGAGAUCCGCUCGCCCGCGCCCCCAUUCCCGGCGAGACACCAGUCAUCCUUGUCAUUGACGGACUGGACGAGUGCAAGGAGCGCGAUCUGAUGCGCAGCAUGCUCGGAUUCGUACUCGAGCUUACUCGCACGUUACCCUGGCUGCAAGUGUUUGCCACUUCGCGGCCUGAGCCUCACGUCAUGUCCGUACUCACAUCUCCGGAGGUGGCCCGUAUUGUGCAUCACCGGAGCCUGAACGACACCCUUGAGGAGUGGGAAGGUGACGUCAGACACUAUCUUGAAGCUACGGUACCCAAGAUCCUCCAGUACGGUGCUUUCAUCCGCGACAACCCCGACGUUCUCGAACGCCUUAUUAUACGCACGGGUGGUGUAUUCAUCUAUGCACACGUUGCCGCCCGGUUCCUGGACUCAUAUCACGAUCGUCCAGAAGAGCAAUUCGAGCUACUUCUUGCAUCAGGAGGAGCAGGGCUCUCGCCUCUGGAUUCCCUUUACCUGCAGGUUCUGCGCUCCGCGUUCCCCCCAGAAGACCUUCGCGUGUCUAAUCCCCGUCAAGAACGUUCGCGCUCGCUCUUGACCUCCAUCGUGCUCCAGACACAUCCCCUUGCUCCCGGCGUCAUUGCAUUACUUGGGCAUGAAUUAUCCGAGAACGACGUCGUUGCAAUGGUAGACCGCCUGCGCUCUAUCCUGUUGAUCGACCAAGAUGGUCUUGUGCGGCCACUGCAUGCCACGUUUGGCGAGUUUCUCCUUGACGACAAACGUUGCAGCGACCCGCUGUAUCAUGUGGACCGAUCCAAGGGACAUGCUCGUCUCGCGUCUGCGUGCCUGACGGCGUUAACUUCGUUCCGCACGCUCUUAGGCUGCCUGGAGGCUGGGUUGGACAGUCACUUGAGCAGCUACGUUUAUUACGCGAGAGGAAAUUGGGAUUAUCACCUCGGGAUUGCCGAGUUCAGUGACAGCUUGGCCCAGCAGGUGUGCGCCAUGGUCCCAAUGAUCCCUGCAUAUAUCGGAGUCUACACCAGCAAUUUCGGUGAGUCGGGGGUUACCGCGAGUAUGGCGCAGUUCCUUGAGGUUGGCAACACAGUCUAG